GGCUUAAAUUUUUUUUAAAAAAACAAGCCCAGGAACUGCUAUGAACUCUACUUCCGAUCUAUAGCUGAAGACAAAAGCCUGCACGCAGAGUUCAGGACCAGUACAUCAUGCUACUCACCAACAUUUCCGGACAGGUAACCAACUGAGAUAUCCAUCACUGUCCCUAAGGUAGAGCUGGGCCCUGUUUCUGGAAAGGAGUUUGUGGAAGUAAAGAUGGAGGCCGGAGGGGAGUGCUUUCCCAAACAAAGGCAAGUCCUGAUUUUCUUUCUCGUAUUGGGGGUGGCUCUGGCAGGCUGGGAAUCUCGUCGCUAUUCCGUGAUGGAGGAAACCGAGAGUGGCUCGUUUGUGGCCAACCUGGCCAAGGACCUGGGGCUGGGAGUGGGGGAGCUAGCAGCACGGGGAGCCCGGGUGGUCUCUGAGGAUAACGAACCCCGCUUGCAGCUUGAUCUGCAGACCGGGGAGUUGAUAUUAAAUGAGAAACUGGAUCGAGAGGAGAUGUGUGGCCCCAGAGAUCCAUGUGUAAUGCAUUUCCAAGUGUUAUUGAAAAAACCAUUGGGAGUAUUUCGAGCUGAGCUACUGGUGAGAGAUAUAAAUGAUCAUUCUCCAGAGUUUCCUGAAGGAGAAAUGACUCUGAAAAUCUCAGAAAAUAGCCCCCCCGGGACCGUGUUUCCUCUGAAAAAAGCCCAGGACUUGGAUGUGGCCAGCAACAACAUCCAGAAUUACAGUAUCAGUCCCAACUCUCAUUUCCAUGUUUCUACCCGCACCCGGGGCGAUGGUAGGAAAUACCCAGAACUGGUACUAGAUAAAGAGCUGGAUCGCGAGAAGCAGGCGGAGCUCAGAUUAACCCUCACAGCGCUGGAUGGAGGCUCUCCACCCCGAUCUGGCACCGCCCAGGUGCGCAUCUUGGUCUUGGACAUAAAUGACAAUGCCCCUGAGUUUGCAAAGACACUCUACCAGGUGCAGGUUCCAGAGAACAGCCCUGUGGGCAUGCUAGUUAUCAAGGUCUCCGCUAGAGAUUUAGACACUGGGACAAAUGGGGAGAUAUCCUACUCCUAUUUUUAUAGUUCUCAGGAAAUAAGCACAACUUUUGAGCUAAACAACCUUUCAGGAGAAGUUCGACUAAUUAAAAAACUAGAUUUUGAAACAAGAUCUUCAUAUGAGCUGGAAAUAGAUGCGUCUGAUGGUGGGGGGCUUUCUGGAAGAUGCUCUGUCUCCAUUGAGGUGGCGGAUGUUAAUGAUAACUUCCCAGAAAUAACUAUUUCGUCACUCACCACUCCCAUUCCUGAAAAUUCCCCUGAGACAGAAGUGGCUCUGUUUAGAAUUCGAGACCGAGACUCGGGGGACAACGGAAGGAUGACUUGCUCCAUCCAGGAUGAUCUCCCCUUCCUCCUGAAACCAUCAGAAGAGAAUUUCUAUACCCUGGUAACAAAUGGGGCGCUGGACAGAGAGAGCCAGGCCGAGUACAACAUCACCAUCACCGUCACUGACCUGGGGACGCCCAGGCUGAAAACCCAGCACCACCUAACGGUGACGGUAUCCGACGUCAACGACAACGCCCCGGCCUUCAGCCAAAGCGCCUACACCCUGCGGGUGCGCGAGAACAACAGCCCCGCCCUGCACAUCGGCAGCGUGAGCGCCACGGACAGAGACUCGGGCGCCAACGCGCAGGUCACCUACUCGCUGCUGCCGCCGCACGACCCGCAGCUGCCCCUGGCCUCGCUGGUGUCCAUCAACGCGGCCAACGGGCAGCUGUUCGCGCUCAGGUCCCUGGACUUCGAGGCGCUGCGCGCGUUCGAGUUCCGCGUGGGCGCGGCCGACCGCGGCUCGCCGGCGCUCAGCAGCCAGGCGCUGGUGCGCGUGCUGGUGGUGGACGACAACGACAACUCGCCCUUCGUGCUGUACCCGCCGCAGAACGGCUCGGCGCCCUGCACCGAGCUGGUGCCCAGGGCGGCCGAGGCGGGCUACCUGGUGACCAAGGUGGUGGCGGUGGACGGCGACUCGGGCCAGAACGCCUGGCUGUCGUACCAGCUGCUCAGGGCCACGGAGCCCGGGCUGUUCGGCGUGUGGGCGCACAACGGCGAGGUGCGCACGGCCAGGCCGCUGAGCGAGCGCGACGCCGUCCAGCACAGGCUGCUGGUGCUGGUCAAGGACAACGGCGAGCCGCCGCUGUCGGCCAGCGUCACGCUGCACGUGCUGCUGGUGGACGGCUUCUCGCAGCCCUACCUGCCGCUCCCGGACGCGGCGGCGGCCGAGGCCCGGGCCGACCCGCUCACCGUCUACCUGGUGGUGGCCUUGGCGUCGGUGUCGUCGCUCUUCCUGUUGUCGGUGCUGGGCUUCGUGGCGGUGCGGCUGGGCAGGAGGAGCCGGGCGGCGUCGGGGGGCGGCUGCUCGGUGCCCGAGGGCCCCUUUGCGGGCCACCUGGUGGACGUCAGCGGCGCGGGGACCCUGUCGCACAGCUACCAGUACGAGGUGUGUCUGACGGGAGGAUCUGGGACCAAUGAGUUCAAAUUCUUGAAGCCUAUCUUCCCCAGUAUUCUGAGCCAGGACCUUAGGAAUAAGUCAGAGGGAAAUCCAACCUUCCGGAAUAGUGUAGGUAUCUGAAACUUUCCUGUUCACUUUUCCAUUAGUUUUGUCUCCUUCGCCUUUCUGUUUCUUUUUUUAAUCCAGUAGUAAUUUUAAUUAUACUUCCCCCCUCCUUUUUCCAUAGUAAAUUUACUCUUUGUUUUC